UCUUCCGUUUCUCUCAUCCCUAUUCAACGUAACCUUCUUCCCGUUGGACCUCCCGUGCUCCGUGGCAGCAGCAGCUGCAAACGCCGGUGGAUGCUACGCCGAGCUCACAGGCUGCUCGCCACCACAAACUCCAUCCUUCCCGCCACAACCAACCUCGCCCGAACCUCCUUCCCACAUCCCAGCACGCACCUCCCCCUCGUCUCCCUCCACAGCCCUGCCGCCGAUGACGCUGCCGCCGACACCCGCCACCUGCUCGACGGAACGCCCCGCGGGACACGAGCCAGCUCCAUCGUGCGCGCGCUCAGGGAAUACGACGCGCCCCUCGCCGGCUCCGUCGAAUCCCUCCACUGCGCGGCCCUCAAGUCUGGCGCCGUGCUGGACCCGCCCGUGCGCACCUCCCUCCUCGCGGCCUACGCCAGGUGUCCGAGCGGCGGCGACCACGACGCGCGCGCCGCUCUGGUGCUCUUCCACGAGGCAGAAGACCCGGACGUGAUCCUGUGGAACGCCGUGAUCGGCGCUCUGACGCGGGCUUGCCGUCUCGGCGACGCCGUGGCUCUCUUCCGGCGGAUGGCGGGCGUGCGAGGGGAGGCGUUCGAUUCGACGACCGUGGUCGUCAUGCUGUCAGGGGCGUCGCGCGCCGGCGAAUUGGACCUCGGAAUGGCGCUCCAUGCCGCAGCCGUAAAGAGACGCCUCGACACUGACAUGAACCUCUGGAAUGCUCUCGUCGACAUGUACGCCAAGUGCGGAAGUUUUUGCGAUUCGGAGGCCGUGUUUUGGAGUAUGCCGUGUUGGGACACUGCCUCGUGGAAUUCUGUGACAGGUGGAAGCACGUUCAAUGGACUUUCUGAGGUUUCGGCUUGUUACUUCAGAGAGAUGAUCCGUUUGGCAGUUCAGGCAGAUGAGGUGACCCUGUCUUCUGUAAUUUCUGCUUCCUCUCGCGCAGAGGGUCUUUUCUCCUUUGGAGAGUCUGUCCAUGGCUGCAUCGUCAAGCUUGGUUAUGAGGAUACCGCGCCUUGCUCGGUAGCGAAUUCCCUGAUAACAUUUUAUUUUGAAUUUGGGUUUCCUGAGGAUGCAGAGAAGGUAUUUAUGAGAAUCUUCAAGAAAAAUCAUGUAUCAUGGAAUGUUAUGAUCAAGGGAUUGAUGGAGAAUGAAAAGGCUGGGGAAGCCCUGGCUGUUUUCCGAGAAAUGCUAUCAGAGUGCCAGCCAGAUUUUGCCACUUUGGUGGCUGUAAUUUUAAGCUGUGGUGAUCAAGGACUGCUCUGUGAAGGGAAAGCAAUCCAUGGAUACAUAACCAGAAAAUGCCUUUUCCAUGUGGAGUCUUCCCUAGGAAACAGCUUACUUGGUUUGUAUAUGAAAUGUGAUGACGCAUAUACUGCGAACCUUUUGUUCAGGACAAUGCCAAUAAGAGACCUGAUCUCAUGGAACACAAUGCUUUCUGGUUACUCGAGAGAUGACUCGCUGAGAGAAGAGGCUCAAGCUAUGUUCAGAGAAUUACUUUCUGAAGGUUUAAGCUGCACCAUGACCACUAUACUAGCUGUUAUACCUUCAUGCUCUUGUCCAGAAGACCUUAGGUUUGGCAAAGCGGUUCACUCUUUUGUCCUGAAGUAUGGAUUUGCAAGUGGAGUUUCAGUUGUUAAUGCUUUGAUGCACAUGUACAUAUGCUGUGGAGAUUCACUGGUUGCCUUCACGCUGUUGGGAAGUAUAAUGCCAGUGUCAGAUAUUAUUUCAUGGAAUACAGCCGUAGUAGGCUGUGUACAGAAUGGACUCCACAGAGGCGCGUUGGAAGCCUUUCAGUUCAUGCAUUCAUCUUUGCCUUUAAAUCCUGACAGCAUUACGCUAGUUAGUGUUUUAUCAGCAUGUGGAACUCUUAAGCUGCAAUCCCUAGGAAAAUCCAUCCAUUCCAUGGCACUAAAGCGUUUGCUUGUAUUCAAUUUGAGGGUGAAGAAUGCCCUGUUAACCAUGUACUUCCGGUUUGCAGAUACUGAAAGUGCUGAGUUAAUCUUCUAUAGUCUCGGAGAUAGAAAUUUGUGCUCCUGGAAUUGUAUGGUCUCUGGUUUUGCACAGAAUAAUGAUGGCCGGAGAGCAUUACAGUUCUACCAGAAGAUGGAAAAAUUUGUGCCUAAUGAAAUGUGUACAGUCAGUAUUAUUUGUGCCUGUACUCAACUCAGGGAUGUUAGACAUGGAAAGAGCAUACAUGGGCAUGUGGUGAAGUCUGAUCUUCAAAAUAAUGUGUUUCUUUCAGCAUCGCUAGUUGAUAUGUAUAGUAAGUGUGGAAGACUCGACAUUGCUGUCAGAGUAUUUGAAUCCUCUACUGAAAAAUCAAUUGCUUGCUGGAACUCCAUGAUAUCAGCAUUCGGAUUUCAUGGGCAUGGGUUGCGAUCGAUAGAACUUUUCUGUAGUAUGAUCCAUUCUGGAAUGAAAGCCACGAGAAGUACUUUUAUUGCUCUUUUGUCAGCUUGCAGUCAUGCUGGACUUACUGAUGAAGGAUUGAAGUAUUACAACCUUAUGUCAGAGAAAUUUGGGAUUACUCCGACACCAGAACACCAUGUAUGCAUCGUAGACAUGCUUGGCCGUGCUGGUCGGCUGCAGGAAGCACACAAAUUUGUCGAGAGUUUACCGAAAUCCAAGGAAGCACAUGGAGUUUGGGGUGCACUUUUAAGUGCUUGCAGUAACAAGUCCGAACUCAGGAUGGGUGAGGCCAUCGCUAGACAAUUGCUCUGCCUAGAGCCUGAAAAUAGUGGUUAUUAUGUGACUAUUUCUAAUCUGUAUGCAUAUCAAGACAUGUGGGGUGGUGCUGUCCAGGUUAGGGACAUUUUGCAAGAUAAAAGAUUGAUGAAGCCCCAUGGUCACAGCAUUGUUGGAUAAAGGGCAGUCAAAGAACCUUGGAAGCUACACUGUACCAGAAAACCCCGCACUAAAUCACAAAAGCUGCAUGUUCACUUAGCUAUUUUCUUCAUGCAGGCUUGCUCAAACAUGACACAGCUGCCAUUCUGAAUCCGAGCUUGGCGACAUCACAGCACAGGGUUCUACACUACAUGGUCGACAAGGAAGUGACGCCGCAUCUGGUGGACGUGAGCGCCCGGACCGGUUCCUCAACUGGAAGUUGGAGCAGUUUAGGCCAAGUAAGUACGUGAUGCUGGACGCACUCGAGAGCCAAUGAAAAGCUGGGAUCGAACUGUACCAGUUGCUGCAAUGAUGGUACUGCGACGUGACGCCAAAAUUCUCAGUCAGGCGAGAACAUUACAGUAAGAUCAUAUAUAGCUAGGCGACAGGCCGGCAGCUGCUCUUGUGGAGUAUAUGCUGCGAGUUAUGGAUUUUAAGUCGAGAUCUCUUUUAAGUGCUCUGUUAGCUUAAGAUGCGGCCACGUGUUGUUAUGGAUUUUAAACCGUGUGUCAAGAGCUUAAGCUGCAGCCUAACAGCCAGCGUGAUGAUCGGAGCAGCAGACAGAUUGGUGAAUGGUGGUGGUUGCAGGUAGGUAAAGCUUGACUGACCCGGCUCAACUUGGCGAACCAGCAAUUCCAUCUCUUCUGUUCUGUAGCAUCACUCACAGGUGGGCUGGGUUGUGUUUCGCCUCAGACAGACAGACAUGGAGCAUGUGGCCGCUCUGGAAGCCAGCCUAGAAAUACCAGUAGUAGCCUCGAAUUAAAGCAAUUGAUAAACACCCUCUCCCUCUGUCUCUCCAAACAUUUCUUGUCACUAAAUGUUCUUGUCGGUUUUGGACAUUGGACAGUCCUUUUUUGGGCAAGCUUUGUUGUCGUUGGUAAUCUCCCGGUUUGCUGUGUCUGGCACGUGUGAAGGAAAAAAAAAGGUACUACUACGGCCAGCUACCUCCUAAGCUAGGAGUAAAUAUACUACUGUACUGGAGUA